AUGGGGGGAUCCGGAGAACCCUCGAUCAAAGCCCUGGUUUCCCUUUUGCAACUUAAUCUCCGCGGUCAGCAGCAGAGCAAUCAGCCCUGGCGGCGCCGUUGGAAAGGGUAUCGGGACACCAUGGGAGCAAAGUUUUUCGUCAGUGAUAGGGAGGGAAUCUUCGUGGAGGCGGCUUGGGGAAGCAGUAGGAGGUUGGGUUACUCGCUGUCGGCAAAUCUACCAAGCAAGCAGGAGGCGGAUGAGAGAUUAAAGCUCUCAUAG